AUGGACGUGUCUACCGGGCCAGGAGGUCCUUUGAAUAUCUGCUUGUCUGAUGAUGGACUCUAUGCCACUCACGUCAGUGGGAAGGCUCUGAUAGUGCACUCAUCUGUGGCUUCGGAAAACAAAGAAGUACAAAUUGCAAGCGUCAAAGAGAAUGGACUUAAAUCACUGAAAUACUUCAACGUGGGAAGCUCCCUGGGUGAAUCAGAUAGUCAGAUUGCUUCUCAGCGCCGAAUUUUGUCUGCCAAUGACGCCCGAAUUUCAGUCUGGCAGCUUACUCCGCUAGAAAUAUCUGCUGAGAUUGAAGGCAUUGAGCCAGGCGCGUUGGCUAUCGAUUUCGGUGCCGAUGAGAACGAAGUCCUUGUCUUUCAUGCAUGGCACACCAAACUGAGCAUCCACUCAUUAGUAAACGGUCGAAGCUCUGUCAUCAAAUCGCCAAAGUUCGCCCAUCAUCUCGGGUUUGGUUAUCGCCCGAAUACCAGAGAACUCGCAAUUCUGCUGAAACCGGAAACCUCAGAUCUACUGACAGUUCAUGAGCCUCGGUCUUAUGACCUCAUCAAUAGGAUGGUGCUUCCAACCAUCGACGCACAGGGGUUGAAAUGGAGCCCCGACGGAAAGUGGAUUGCCAUCUGGGACAUUGCUAGUGCAGGCACCAAGGUGCUGAUAUUCACAGCCGAUGGUCAGUUGUUCAGGAGUUAUUCUGGGCCCUCCGGUGUGGACGAUACAUUCGACUUCGGUGUGAAGCAGAUCGAGUGGAGGCCUGUUUCGCACCGGGGCACCUCGGAAACAUUGGCCGUAGGGAAAGUCAACGGAACUAUCGACUUGCUGCGAACUCACACUUUCUCUUCCGUUGCAACACUCUCACAUGUCUUUCAAGCACACCAGCAAAGUCCCAACAUUUGGCGGGAACGAUACACUAGCGCCGCAGGGGAUGCCGAUUAUGUUGAAGCAUCCUGUUCCUCUGCUCUGAGCAUGAGCCCCGAGUCGGCAGGGCUUUCACGUGGUGUCUUGACAAUGACUUUCAGCUCAGACGGUUGUCUCCUUGCCUCUGUUGACACUGCACGGCAGAACGUUGUUUGGAUUUGGUCCUUAGACGGCACACCAAGACUAGCUUCAGCGCUGGUUCAUGAGCAACCUGUUCGACAGAUUGCUUGGCAUCCCUCGACUCCACAACUCUUGAUCAACACUGUUACCAAUGCAUUACCUGCUAUCCGGUGGUGGUCACCACAAGAUCAUCCACUUAUUGCCCGUGUUCCUGUUCAGCGGAGCGAGAGUGGGAAAUAUGACGUGAAAUGGACCACAGGAUCAAAUGGGGACUCGACGUUCUGGUUUGGAUCAAGCGAAGAACAUGUCAUUGGAUAUCUGGCCGUCCAAGACGGGGGUGUUCAGUUUGAGGUGUUGAACUCAAUUAGCAGUAGAGUUAAUGAGGGCCACGUAGGUGGCUUGGGUCGAUAG